UGUUACAGUUCACACUAAACAGCUGAUAAUUGUGUACUUUUUGCUACGAAAACAAAGCCUGUUGAGUUUUCUCAUUAAAUUUAAUAAUUUAAAUACUUAAAUGAAUGUGUUUAUUAUUUUAUUUAUUGUUCUUUCCUUCACAAUAGCAAUUGGCGGACUUGAUGCCUUUAAAACGGAAAUAGUUCCCGAUGAAUUUAUUGUUUAUUUCAAUUCCAAGUAUUUUGCAUCAACCAGAGAAUCCUUUUUAAGGACAAAACUCACAAGUUCAAACAUAACCAACUGGGAGAUUGUUCCACGACUGAACCCUUUCUGGAAAUUUCCAAGUGAUUUCGAUAUCUUCAGGAUUUUGGAGGAAAACGAAACACUAAAAGAUAUAAUCAUUUCAACCAUUAAUUCGCAUCCUUUGGUGAAAAAAGUAUCCCCUCAGAGAAGUGUAAGACGACUGCUGGCCUAUAACCAAAACAGCAACGAAACUCACUUUGUAAACCGCUCACCCAAAGGAGUUAUUAGGAAUAGGAACUCCAAUAAUGAUAGAUCGCGAAAUGUUUGUGCAGCUCUACAUGCCAAUGUCCUAUGGAAGCUCGGCAUUACUGGCAGAGGCGUUAAAGUAGCCAUAUUUGAUACGGGUUUGACCAAGAAUCAUCCACACUUCCGUAAUGUCAAGGAACGGACCAACUGGACAAACGAAAAGUCUCUGGAUGACCGUGUUAGCCAUGGCACCUUUGUCGCAGGAGUCAUUGCCUCCUCCAAGGAAUGCCUUGGCUUUGCUCCCGAUGCAGAUCUAUACAUAUUUAAAGUCUUUACAAACUCUCAGGUUUCGUACACUUCUUGGUUUCUGGACGCCUUCAACUAUGCAAUAUACAAGAAAAUGAAUAUUCUCAACCUGAGUAUAGGUGGUCCAGAUUUUAUGGAUGCUCCGUUUGUUGAAAAGGUUCUGGAACUGUCCGCUAAUAAUGUAAUUAUGAUUUCAUCGGCGGGAAACGACGGUCCCCUUUAUGGAACUCUGAACAAUCCCGGCGACCAGAGCGAUGUAAUCGGAGUGGGUGGAAUACAGUUUAACGAUAAAAUAGCCAAGUUUAGUUCAAGGGGGAUGACCACUUGGGAGCUUCCGAUGGGUUAUGGAAGAAUGGGUCUGGAUAUUGUCACCUACGGUAGCCAGGUGGAAGGUAGCGAUGUUAGAAAAGGUUGCAGGCGACUCUCAGGCACCUCCGUUUCUUCGCCUGUUGUGGCAGGGGCAUCUGCUCUCCUCCUAAGCGGGGCAUUGCACAAGAUGGACCUAAUUAACCCAGCAUCUCUGAAACAGGUCCUUAUCGAUGGGGCGGAAAUGCUACCAAACUACAAUAUGUACGAGCAAGGAGCCGGAAAGCUGAACCUGUUAAGGAGCAUGCAGCUACUUUUGUCUUACAAACCAACUAUAACCCUUGUACCUCCAUUUCUGGACUUCACUCUAAACUACAUGUGGCCGUAUAGCUCCCAGCCAUUGUAUCACGGCAGCUCCGUGGUAAUUGCAAAUGUUACGAUACUAAAUGGUAUUUCUGUUACCAGUAAGGUUGUAGGCUCUCCGAAAUGGAUUCCCGACAUCAGUCAACACGGCCAGUACCUUCAAAUAUCGACUCGAUUUUCUCCUACUCUUUGGCCUUGGACUGGAUGGAUGGCGGUUUAUAUAGCUGUAAACAAGGAGGGGGAAAACUUCGAAGGUAUCUGCAAAGGAAGUGUCGCUUUGCUUGUGGAAAGUGUGAAAGUUACUUCCAAUGAAACUCUUGUAACUGAAGUUAUUUUGCCAUUAGCUGUAAAAGUGACACACAAACCACCCAGAAACAAAAGACUUUUAUGGGACCAGUAUCACAGCCUACGGUAUCCACCCCGCUAUAUUCCACGGGAUGAUCUUAAAGUUAAGUCGGAUCCUCUCGACUGGAAUGCCGAUCACAUUCACACAAACUUUAAGGACAUGUAUACCCAUUUACGAAACAUCGGCUAUUAUAUUGAUGUCUUGCGGGAGCCAUUCACAUGCUUCAAUGCAUCGGACUACGGGGCAUUACUGAUUGUGGAUCCCGAAAGGGAGUUUGAAGAUUCUGAAAUAGUGGCUCUCAAGGAGAAUGUUUACAAGAAGGGCUUGGGCGUGGUCAUAUUUGCCGAUUGGUACAAUACAACGGUGAUGAAGAAGAUCAAAUUCUUUGACGAGAAUACCAGACAGUGGUGGACACCAGAUACAGGAGGAGCCAACAUUCCAGCCUUGAAUGAUCUGCUAAAGCCAUUUGGCAUUGGUUUUGGGGAUUUCGUUGGUGAAGGACACUUCAAACUCGGUGACCAUUCAAUGUACUAUGCCAGCGGAGCCACCUUAGUAAAAUUUCCAUCCAAUCCCGGUGAUAUUCUUGUAGGAACCAAAUUAAAUGACCAAGGGCUUUCGAUUAUAAACUCUAAAACGCCGAACAAAGAAUCCAAGAAAGACUUGCCUAUUUUUGGAUUAUUUCAAACCAAGGAAAACAGCAUCGAAAGCAACGAAGAGACUAUCGACAAUCCCGAGAGCAAUUUAGCCAACACCAUUUCCACGGACUACUCUACCUUUAAAAAUAGGGUUCUGCUGCUUAGGAAAAAGGAGCAGAGUAUAAGCUACGCAAAAUUAAGCAAUCCUCGAAAUAAUGAAGGACGAAUUGCAGUGUAUGGGGACUCCAACUGUCUGGACGCAACGCAUCUCGAAAAGGCUUGCUACUGGCUUUUGAUAACAUUUCUUGACUUUGCCAUCAACUCACAUAAAUCCAGUCUGUUGCAGAACCUAAAUCGUAUUGAGGAGUUUAAGAAAGUAAAGUGGAGUCCCCUACCUCUUAGGAUAUCUAGUAAUAGCAUCCAGGCUGUUCCUAAAAGCGAAAAUUGUGAACAAAUUGACUGGCUAACUGCCACGAAGCAGGAGAAAGAUGAAAACAUUGAGUGGGAGGUGCCUAUUGGAGAGAUGGUGCCUCAGGAUAAAAAUGAGUUUCCAGAAGACAAUGUAAUAGAAAAGUUACUGAAUGAAGAGAUCGUUAAGAUAUCACAAAUAGACGAAUACUUUCUAGAGUCUGAUGAUGAAUUUUAUUUGCGGUCUUUAUUUUUGUUAUUGUUAUAUGGUACAACGAUAUGUCUUUUAAUGUUAAUGCUUGUACGUAGGAGGCGACGGCUGUAGGUUGUAGGUUAAUAUUUGCUCCAUCAAUAAAGAAACUCUUCAAAUAUUUUUAGUUUUAAAAACACAUUUUAUUCAUUUGUAUAAUUUUAAAAUCUUUAAAUUGUAAGUUACUUAAAAAAUUAAAAAUGAGAGCAUUUCAAUCGUUUCUACAUACAAAUAAUUGUAUUUGUAAAGAGUUUUUGUUUUAUGUUUUUUUUUGAAUUAGUUGUAAAAAGCUUUGUGCUUUUGACAAAAAGUCGAUGUAUUUUUCUAAGUUAAAUAAAUUAUACGUAUUUAAUAUA